AUGCCAGUCAAAGACACAAUAGUCAAGCAGAGAGAGUCGUUUAGUAAACCCCAAUUACAAUCCAUCAAGGCUAGUUUACGUCAGGAAAAGAGACAGAGAAUGGAAGAUAUGUCUCAACCGGUGAGGGAACGUUUACCCCCAGCGAAGCAGAGAAUGAUGGGUUUACAUUGUGAAAAAGGAUUUUCAUCAUGGCUUUUGGCAUUACCAUUACAAGAUCAGGGGUUCAAUUUGAAUAAAGGUGAAUUUCGUGAUGCGCUAAGUUUACAAUAUGGUUGGCAGUUGAAAAACACCCCUCAUUAUUGUAGAUGUGGAAAGUCAUUCUCGACAGAUCAUGCCAUGACAUGUCCUCUCGGUGGACUACCCAUAGCAAGGCAUAAUGAAAUUAGAGAUGUAACAGCUCAGUGGCUAAAUGAGGUGUGCUCUGACGUAGUAAAGGAACCACCACUUCAACAGCUUUCGGGUGAACUUAUACUACCACGUACAGCCAAUUGUCAGGAUGACGCAAGGCUAGAUAUUAGAGCGAAAGGGUUUUGGAACAGGCAGCAAGAUGCAUUUUUCGAUGUAAGGGUUUUUCACCCAAACACACCUAGCUACCGAAAUACCAGCAUAACCUCACUGUACAGGCAGCACGAGAUGGCGAAGAAGAGAGAAUACGGAGACCGCAUCAGGGAAGGUAGAGUACACUGUCUUCACACCACUUGUAUUCUCGACAACUGGUGGAAUGGGGAAAGAGACCGCUGUUGCAUAUAAACAUCUAGCGGAGUUGCUGGCAGAGAAGAGGAAGAGUGAGUAUGGUAUCACUCUGGCCUGGAUGCGAUGCAUAUUAUCAUUUGCCUUAAUUCGAUCAGCUGUUAUGGUGAUAAGAGGCAGCCGAAUGUCAGUGCACCGAAACAUUGACAUGACUGACAUUGAACUGGCAUGCAAAGAAAGCGGACUAUGAAUUUGACUAGCUGUCAGAAUAGAACACUAUACCCUUUUUAAAAAUAACAAUGGAUGCACAAAACUAUAGACAAUAUUCAUUUUGAUUUCUAUACUAUUACUAUAAAUUUAAUUGUUAUUACUAUUUAUAUAUUGUUAAUAUAAUUUCCUGAGUUUUGCAUUACUGCAAUCGUCUGAAGAUGUUAUGGCUGCCAAAGGGAAUCAUACUAUUGCUGUCGUCAAUGGGAAGGAAGAUUAUUCCACGCUCAAGCGCUGCUUCAAGGAUGUAUUCAGGGACAUCAAUGGAAAUUGUUAGUCAAAAAGAGAUUGUUGUAGACGGGAAGAAUGUGCAUCUUGAAUUCUUUCUAGGAGGUGACUAUAAAUUUCUGUUGACAAUUUUAGGAUUAAGAGGAGCAACUUCUAAUUAUGCAUGUGCUUGGUGUAAGAUACAUAAAGACAAUAGAUGGAACAUGUCUUACAAUGUUCACAACUAUUGCUCAUCAGAACUGAAAAGGACUGUGGAAGAAAUCCACAACCUGGCAAAACAAAACUACUGCUGUAUCAACCCCCCACUAUUGAAUAUCGAGUUAGACCAUGUUGUGUUAGACAAACUUCACUUACUGGUACAGAUAAUGGAUGUCUUGCUAAACAAUUUAGUCAAGGAUGCAUUGAGCUGGGACGAAUGAGAUAAUUGGGGAAAGAAAAAAAGCCAUCAAGUCAUGUGGAGUUUCUUUCUGUUUGGGAAAAAAAACUAACACAGAUGGCAAAGGGAGUGGUGUCUACACUUCACCAGCCUUUUGGGUGCCGAUAAGAAAAAGCUACUGAAAACUCUACCAGAAAAAUUUGAUGGUGUUAUUCAGCCGAAGAGUGAACAAGUGGUAAAAUUGCUCUGGGAAAAAAUUUCCAAUUAUUUAUGCAAUUGUCACAUGUACAGCACCUUCUCAAGAGAUGAUCAAUGGCUAUUUCGAGAAAGCACAGGAAUGGAUUAAUAUGUUUAUAUCACUGAGAGACAAAGCCAUUGGUUACAAAAAAGCUAAUAUAACACCGUAUAUGCAUGCUAUGGUGUGUACCAUGUUCCCCAAUUUUUGAGGCAUUUAUAAAACAAUUAAUAAUGGUCAUUGAACUGAGUGGAGUGCAAUUUGGACUGAAAUCAAACACGUGAUUACAAAAUCGCAUGACCACGAAGCGGGAGUGCGAUUUGUAAUCACAAGUUUGAUUUCAGUCCAAAAUUGCAUGACACGAAGUUCGAUUUCCACUUUAUUAUAUUCAUUUUGAAAUCUUAAACAUUUUUGUAAACCGGAAACGUUUUUGUUUGCAAAAGACACACCUCCAGUACCUCCCUGAGUGCUGUAGCAUAGCAACAAUAUAAAGCGAACAAGAUCAGGUUUUGUAAUUAUAUAGUUUAUAUGUUCAAAAAUCUAAACUGUUAAAGAAAUGAAGACAUUUAUAAAGAAUAAGAGACAGCACAAGUAAGUUUAAAGAUAAUUGUAGGUUUUACGAGUGAUUUGAAGAGUUUUGUUGCAGUUUUGUGCAUUUAAAACUGGAAAUAUGAUAGGCGAAUUUACCUUUGUUUUCCCUGAUUUAAAUUUGCUUUUGUUGCCAUUUUGACCACAUUUGAUAGAAGAUCUAUGUUCUUAAUUUCCUGUUACUAUUUGUGAAAUUUGAAAAUUUGCAAUUCUUUGAUAGUUUACUUUAGCUAUCCAUAUUAGUUUGUUUUUAUGUGCAAAAAUUGCUUAAUUUUAAAUCAUAUUCAUGACAUAUGUAAGUUUUUUGUUUUUGUGCUCAUUUGCCAUAACACAUUUUUGUUAAAUUUGAUUGGCUGUUUGAAUCCUAUGAUUAAAUAUGAUUGGUUGGCUGAAGUCAGCACUCUAAUGUGAUUGGUUCACAGCAGUGCGAUUUCAGCACAAAUCACAGUGCGAUUUGUGCUGAAAUCGCACUCCUGUGAACCAAUCAGAUUGCAGGAAAUACCAUUGAUUUCAAAAUGAAUAUAAUAAAAAGUUUUACAGGGCAAGGGGUUGAAUGAAACAAUGAUAUUGCCAAAACUACAGUUCUGUGCAAAUCAAAUAAAUGAAACAGCACAGAAAAUGUUCUGAAGCAUGAAUCUCUGUUGUGGGAACUAAAAGAUCAAAAAUGUUCAAAAAGAGUAUAUACAAAGCACAACAACGACUAUUGAGAAUUUGGUCUUACCGAGCAAAGGCAGAACAAGAGCAGAAAGUCUGAUGAUUAGCUACAUAAAGUCUGCUGAUACUAAUGAUACAUAUAUUAUCUUAUUAACAAUGUCAUCUCAAUAUGAAAUAUAUUUUGGGUUGUUUAUAUAGAAGCAAGCUACCUUUAUAGUACUUGUAACAAAGCUUUUUCCUGUUAGUCUGUUAUCAGUUAGCUAAUUAGAUGCAAAUACUCACAGUGAGAUUGUUUUAGUAGUACACAGAAUUAUAAGCUCAGAGUAUCAUGACUGCUUGCUUCCCUAUAAGCAACCCUCUUGUUUAAUUAAAUUGUAUUAUUACUGUAUAUUAAUAAAGCAUAUAUUAUAUUGUUAAACUGAACGGUUGCUUUCGACAUUUAACACUUAGCUUCUCAGCAAAAUAACGAGGAGAUUGUUCAAUUUUUCCAUCAAUUAAUUUGUAGUUUCGUGGACUUUGGCUGACAAACAAUCUCAUUAUUAUUGGGUAUUCACAUGUCACACCAUCCCCCAGUCGAUCUACAACCCAAUCCCAAUUAACUGGCCAUGAACACUUGGUGAAGUCCCCCUUGUCAAGACAGAUAACUUUGUCGUCAUUGCUUGUUCUCCAUUUGUCAACAAAAAGAAAGCGAAACACAUUGUGCCUGAACGGGAUGAUAGUUGGCACCAUACUCUUGGAAGCCAAAUGAUCUAAAAUUGCAAUGUGGAGGGCUUCAAUCCCAGCACUCACUAAUUCAGGGAUUGUAUUUGAUAGGAUUGUUGAAUGUUCGAUAAAAAAUAUUUCAACAUAUUUAACAUUUCCAUACAAGUACCUUAAUGAAAAAACCAUUACAGAGCUACACAGCACAACUGCUACACACGGGGAAGAUUUUUGAGAAAUUAAUCCGGCUGAGUAUAUUAAUAAAUAUAAAUAUUGCAAGAUAUAUCACGAUUUUGAAUACUUGAAAAAAACAAGCGAAUUAAUAUUACAAUUGACUUACUUUCCUCUUUCUGAUUCGUCGAGUAAUUACCCUCUCCACUUCAUAAUAUUUCCCUGUCUUCUUGGUAGAUUGUGUGUAAAAAUCAGCAGUACUUAAAUUAUUUAGCUCAUUGUAAAACCGAACCGCCACCUUGAAAAUUCUUUGCAAAUGAGCCUGCAAUCCCAUGCCGCAGAGUGUAUGAAAUUUCUAGCCAUGAUUUUAAAACUAGGCAAAGAGAUGCAAAUAAAUCACCACAGCUAGAAAGAGCUUUCUAAAAUUGGUAAAAUUGCAAUGUUUGGUUGCAAAAUGUUGUAAAAUAUGGAAAAUAUAGUCUUGCAAAGUUUGCAAAUUUGGUAUACUUUUGUAUUGCAUGCGGUAAUUGCUACCGGCCGCAAGCAAUACAAACAUAUACAAAAUUUGCAAACUUUGGAAGGCCAUAUUUUCCACAUUUUGCAACCAAAAUUUGCAAUUUUACUAAUUUUAGUAUAUGCUAUCCGGGAAUAUACUUUUUUUGCUAAGAUAAAAAAUUAGCCUAUAAUUGGAAUUGUCUAUUGGUCCCCAUUAUCUCUUUGUUUCUCUAAAUAAAGAGCUAGAGUUGGGGGGGGGACCAAAAUUUAUGUUCUUGUUUUGCCUGUUGGAGGAGGCUUUGAAAAUUCUACAUGUCUUAAGAGGGGGGGGCAAUGAAAAAAUAUUAUAACUGUAGAGCUUCUCCUCAGCCCCCCCCCCUGUACAAUAAAUAAUUCCCUUAUAGUAUCUAACCUUUCAGUGGCAAAGCCAAUGGCAGGACCAAAAUGAAAUAUAUAGUCUGGCAAAUGCAGUAGCAUGUGUAGUUUGGGUUUCCUCAAGAAUUCUGGGUGUCCACCCAGAAUUCUGCUGUCUAAAGAAAAUGUGAAAUGGUCAUGUCCAUUUUUUCACAAUCAUCCAUUAUAAGUGACUGAGAAUAUCUGCAAAAAAAGAUGAAAAAUAAAUAAAUACUAGUACUACAGUUAUAUUAAUUCCAAGAAACUACUCAAUUGUGUAUUAGAGCUACAUGAUUAUGAUAACCUUUUAUUAAAGAGGGGAAAAGUCCUUUCUGCGUAUGUGCUUAGUGUUUGUUUAUGUGGACCCCACUGGAAAUUGAUUUGUGUUGUUCCCAGACUGUUUAGCGCUUGGCGCGCACCAUAUUGUUUAUAUUCAUAUCCAUCAUGACGGAACGAACUCCUUCCACAUCGAGUGAAUCGAAUUUGUCAUCGAGUACGAGCCAUCGGAAGAAAGGCGCUAGCAGAAAAAAAUAUUUUGCGAAUAGAGAUGCUAGUAAAGUCUAUCUAUUUGAUAUAUUUCCAUGAUGGAAAGAGUUUAAAAAGGAAAGAAACAUCCAAAGUGACAAGGAUGUAGCUGAAAUGCUGCUUGAUGCAUAUCAGUCACAGUUUCGAUUGUGGUAAGAUUUUACAUGAAUAGAUAAAGUUUGUCUUUAGUAAACUUUUUUUCUUACUUUUAUUAUUAUCUUAUGUCAUUUUCUUUUAUAUUUUCCUGCAGUGUGAGUGUGGAUACCCAGACAGAACCAGAAGCCAUGCCAACAACCCCUCUCAGAAGCAUUCAUGAGUCAGACAAUUUUCUUUGGCCAGAUUAGCUCUUGUACCAAACAAUUGUCAGUGUGUGAAAAUGUGUCAACAUGUUAUUCUUAUGCACCUAAUUUUUAAAUUUUGUUUUUGCAGUGUUGACCUCGACACCUCUUAUGCUUUCUGCUGGUACAGAAGCUAUGCAGACAGGGACAAGCAGUUUUCCAUCGCCAAGUAUGUUACUUGAAGAACAAAUCUAUUUUUUAUAGUUUGAUGAAAUGAAGUGUAGUUUCCUAAACUUGAUAUCCACGAGAUAUAAUUUGUAGAUUGCACACAAUGUAUGGGUUAAUAAACCAACAAUAUACUGUAUCCACAAUGAUUUAUCCAUCCACUUUCUUGUAUAGUUAUUGCUUCACACACAGAGUCAUUGCCUCGCUCAAGCUAGAAGGAAUCUUCUAUCUGAUAGUUCACCAUUAUCUGUCAAGUCUACAAGGUUUGUAAAGUGUUCUAUUGAAAGUAGUUUCUGUAAACAUUUAUUCAAAUACCCUGUCUACAAAAACUUGAUAAAUAGUUGUCCCAAACAGUCUAUAUAUUUUUCUUAUGUAUAUUCUAUUUUUUAAAUCAAAUAGAAGGAUGUGACAUACACUGGAAGCAAGGGUGACAAAAGCUGUGAUGAUGACACAACCCUGACAGCUUCAACUGUACUGAGCAUGAAUGCAAGUGUUGAGUAUGUGAUCAUUUAAUUACAGUGGUGGUGCCAAGGAGGGGAGCCCUAGCCCCCCCCCCCCCCCCCCGGGGAAAAAUAACAGAUUUGUUGGGAAAAACGGAGAAAAAAAUUUGAAGGAAUUCCGAAAAGCACGAUCUUGUCGCUAUGCUCGUUCUCCCCCAUGUUAUUACGUUAAUGAAUCAUUUAUAUUAAUGCUCAUUCACUCCAAUUUGGAAAUCGGAAAGCAAUACUCGCUCUAAAAACGUAUUUGGCCGUAUGCUCUACAGUUCGUUGCACAGUUUGUGAUGAGGUUUUGUUUCCUGACGUUUUCUACGUCUAUGUUGGGAAGCAUACAAAAUCUAAACACAAAGACUUUCACGUGCCUGGUCAUCAGGCAGCCGUAACCAUUGAGUUGGAUAAGUCUGAUACUCGUCAGAGUAAAGUCACUCCCACAAACGUCUAUGACUGCAUCUACAUAUUUUUGCAUGUUCACAAGCCUAAUUUUAAACGGUCAAUCUAGUUCUUGGCAACAAUUAGAGGCCGACCAUUUAACUUUUGAGGGAGCGGGGGGGGGGGAGAUUUUGAAAAAAUUCCCUGCAAGGCUAUUCCUGAACAAAAACAUACCUGCACUAACAAACUGGGGGGGGGGGCAAAUAUCCUGCCACAGUAUUUGGUGGGGGGAAAAUGUUGCAAAACAGCAUGGUUGUAGGGAUUGAUUUGACCAGUCCCAGAAGAUCAGCUGGUUUGAUUUUCAGGGGCUAGUGUAAGGUUAAUUUCUUGUUGGAAAACUCCUCAAAAUGCUGGAAAUAUCUUAUCGGAGUUUCAAGAAAUCCAAAAUUUUCUGGGGGGCAUGCCCCCAGACUCCUCUAGAGGCUUGCACCUUCGGUGGUCGACUCGGUCGUCUCAGAAUCCUAGUUAUGGCCUGAUCUGCUGCCCUAUGACGUGUACUUAUUAGUUGAACCAUGCAUAUAUAUGCUGCAGGUAGCUGCAGUGAUACAGACUUGCCAACUGGAACUUCUCCAGGUCCCCCGCUAAAUAUGCCCCCUCCAGUUACACAUCCUUAAAAGAGGCCCUGAACCAAAUGUUAUACCUCAUAGCAAUAUGUAUUAUUAAAAGCAAUGCAUGAAGCUAGAAAACUCAACGUUAACUAUAAUUAAAGAAUCUAAAUAGUAUAAGCUAUUGAAAACAAAUGCUGCGAAAGAGAGUGGCAAAAAAAAUCGUACAUGGUGACGGGAUAGGGAAAAAAAUCUUGCACAUAACGAUCCCAGAAAAAAAUUCCCUGCCAGCAGUAAAUCACCCCUCAAAAGUUAAAUGGUCGGCCCCUUACAAUGAAACAUCGUUGGCUGUUUAAAAUUAGAAUUAUAAACAUGCAAAAAUAUGUAGGUGCGGUUGUAGACAUUUGUGGGAUAGGGGACGAUAAGAAUUUUUUAUGUGUUCCACACUGUUUGGUUUAUAAAGAAUGCAUCAUGCUGGCUAAAUUGUACAUUUUAAGUAUAUAAAAUAAGCUAGUAUAUAUUGUACGCUUAACCAUGAAAAAAUUUGCAUAGCCCCCCGUCAGGGAACAUAGCCACUCUGUCGGGAAAUUCCUGGCACCACCACUGUUUAAUUAUAACUGAAAUUUUGCACAUUGCAGAGUUUUAUCUCUCUACUCCUUAGUGGUUUGAAUAGAAUACUUUAUACCCAAAUUUAAAGUAGUUCAGUUUAAACACAUUUAAUUCACAAUACACUUAUGUUCUAUACCUAUUUUAAACCAAAUUGUGAUUUUUGGCCUCACAUGUUCAUUUUAGAUUGCCUCUGCUGGAAGUAUCCAUUGAGGAUGACGUGUUCAACACUUCAUGGCCACAAACAAAGUUCUGGCAGAUGAUGGAACUGAAGCAAGUGACACUGAUAACACCAACAACAUACCUGUAAUGACAGUACCUCCAGAGAAAGCUAUUCAAAUGGAGAAUUGUAUUGUUUUUACUGAUACUCUCAUGUCAUUGCUGAAGGAAUUGCAUAGGAGUAUCUGUAAACGACCUGGCUGUGAUCAUGUCCUGGAUUAUCGCAAGACCUAGUUGGUACAUGCCUUGUUGUUUCCUGGGAAUGCAGUGCUGGUCAUAAAGGAAGCAGAUGGGCAGCUCAACCCAGUUGUGAUAAGAUAAGAGCUGGGAAUCUCAUGCUUGCUUCUGCUUUGUUGUUGUCUGGAAACUUGUAUACUAAAGUGGGGUUAAUGAUGUUCAGAUUCUGUAACUUGCAGUAUUUUUCUAAAACACUGUUUACUCAGUACCAGAGUCUGUACAUUUCCCCUGCUGUGAAUGAGUUCUGGGAACACCACAAGCAGGAGCUUUGGGAGGAAAAGUCUGGGAAAGAUGUUGUGCUAAGCGGUGAUUGAAGGAAUGAUUCUCCUGGGCAUUCAGCACAAUACUGCACAUACAGUAUAGCUGACAUGGGAGAUCAUGCCAUAUUGCAAAUGAACAUCAUGGAAGCUGCUGGAAAGAGCAUCAAUAUGGAACAGAUUGGUUUCGAGAGAGGCAUGGAUAAGCUGCUUACAUCACAGAUGUCAGUAAAGGAUGGUCACUUAGACAUUGCAGCACUUAUGAGUAAGUACCUAUGCAUAAGACUGUUUAACCUAUUGAACUGCAAUGUGCCUGCGCCCUACUUAUUUUUUUUACUUGUCUAACGCCAGAUGAUUUUACUCAUCAAUGGAGAAGCUCUGCAGCUUAAUGAGUUAAAUAAAAUAUUUCCCCACCUGUGAGAUAUGUACCUUCUGUAAAGUUCAGUUACCCAGCCAUAUAGCAAUAGGGAACAAUAUGCCCAGCCAAUUUGAAAAAAAAUGAGAUGAAAUUAUUUCUAGUAACUAGUAACUACUGUACUUCAUGUUUGUUCAUUUUUUAGAAAAAGCAGACAAGUAUAACGAUGUGAAACAUCAAAAUGAUGUGUGGCAUGGAGGAAAGUCACUAGCAAACAAGAUCAAUGCAGUACGUUUGUGUACAGUAUAAAUGUAAAAAUUGAUCACAAUAUUUGAAGUUUGAACAUCAUAGCAAAUUUCCUACCAAAUUUAGUGCAAGUUGGUGCUGAUAAGGUUGUCGCAAUGAUUGCGAGUCACUACAUAAAAACAUGUUUGGAAUGAAUAUUUUGAUUAGCUAUCAUCAGCAUGACUGAUCAAAUAAAUAGUUCACAAAUAUAUAUGUGUGUGUGACAGAAUUUCAGAAACAAGAUUCAGAAACUUCGUUCCAAAGCUUUGCAGCAAACUUUAGAAUUGUUAAACAAAAUUCAGAAAUUUUGUAUGUCAUGUUUUGUGAAUCACAUAAAGUAAUAUACAUUGUAUAUUCAUUAUUAGGCAUCCAAAACUAUGAAAUUAUAUACUUUAUAACGCUAGGGUAAUCGUAAUUUGCUUCAUUGUGUGAAUGCAACUAGCAUACUAAGGACUGGGGUUUGUGAUAAUGAAUCCUUCUUUUUCGCAUUCUCUGAACCUUCGGGAUUGAAUACCAGGUUUGUUGUCUUUUGA